AUGAAGUCCUACGCCCUUCUUCCGUUCGCUCUGUCGGCCCUCGUCGCUGCCCAGGAUGCUCCCUCGCUCGCUGAGGCCCUCGCCUCGCAGAACGACACGCUCUCUUCCCUCGGCAGCCUUCUUGCUGGCCAGCCUGCCCUCGUCGAGGCCCUCUCCGGCCUGACCAACAUCACCAUUCUCGCUCCCAGCAACGACGCCCUGAACGCUCUUCUUCAGGACACCGCCGUUGCUCAGCAGGUUACCUCUGAUCCCAGCCUCGUGGCCGCCAUUCUGCAGUACCAUGUCCUGAACGGUACUUUCCGCGCUGCCGACGUGCCCGAUUCGGCUGUCUUCAUCCAGUCUCUCCUGUCCAACGAGACCUACGAGCAGGUUGCUGGCAGCCAGGUUGUCGGCGCCGUCGCUGAGGACGACUCCGUGACCUUCUACAGCGCCCUCAAGGCCGAGUCUACUGUCACCCAAGCCGACCUCGAGUUCGCCGGUGGUGUUAUUCACAUCAUCGACAAGGUUCUGGCCAUCCCUGCCAACGUUGCCGACACGGCCACCGCUGCCAACCUCACUUCGCUCGUCGAGGCUGUGACCAAGGCCAACCUCGCCGAGACCCUCACUCAGGCCGAGAGCAUCACGGUUUUCGCCCCCAACAACGAGGCUUUCGCCGCUCUGGGCUCCCUCGACGAUAUCAGCGAGGAUGACCUCCAGGCCGUCCUGCAGUACCACGUCAUUGCGGGUACCGUUGCCUACAGCAGCACCCUUUCCGAAGGCACCGUUGAGACUCUUACUGGCGAGACCGUCAACAUCUCCAUCCGUGACGGCAACGUCUUUGUCAACGAUGCUCAGGUUGUCCUUGCCGAUGUCCUUAUCUCCAACGGUGUCGUCCACGUCAUUGACAGCGUCCUCUCUCCCGCCGAGAACACUGCCGGCUCUGGCGAGACCAGCUCUGCCGUGCCCUCGCCCACCGCCGUCCCUGAGGCUGCAGCUCCCCGUGCCGAGGCUGCCAUCGCCAUUGGCGCUCUUCUCGGUGGCGCUGCUCUCGCUCUGAACAUGUAA